AUGAAGAUGACCCGCAAAGAACCGCGUUUCUUGGCUACAGUUAUGGAAGCGAUUGCCUCUAUGAAAGAAAAGACGGGCUCGACACGAAAAAAAAUUAUUAAUCAUGUAACUUACUCGGCCAUUAAAACGAAAGUCACAGUACAAGUUCAAAAGGCUCUCGAACAUGCAGUUAAUGAAGGGCUAGUUAAACAUCACAGAGGCAAAUAUGCCCUUCGGUUGAAUACGGAAGACUCCGAUACCCUUCGGAGAACAAUCCAGACCCAAAACUUUUAUGAGGUACCUGCAAGUAGUGGACGUCUGCGACGUACCAAACGAGGGAAAAGCAUUGGAAAGAAAAACGACAGCCAUAGGAGAAGUCGUCGAAAGUGGAAACGGAAUACGUAUCCUGAAGAAUCGCGUCGUAGAAGUAGCAAAAGGCGUCGUGGACAUAGUGAACAGGGUAAAAUUCGCGUGCAAGUUGAGACAGGAGGCAACAAAGCAAAUGAAGUAGUGAAUGAUCCAUGCCAAAACCAGACAGAGGAGAAGAACCAACCUCAAGUGGACAAAAAAGAAAGUCUGGUCAAACCAAGCAGUAACAGUAAUCAAAAUAAUAACGAAGAGCGCAAACACGGCGAAGAACAGAGGGACAUUACCUGUGGAAAUCCCAAUUGUUUAUGUACCAUUACCGACAACGAUUCCAACUUAAAUUAA